AUUUUAAGUUAUGGAAAUCUCGGGUCCUCUAACGGACGCCUUGAUCUACUACCUGACAGUAAUCCUCGUGUGCGAAGGUGCUCGCCACGUGGCAGAUCACUUAUUCGACAAAAAAGGAAGUGUUCAUAGGUUUAUUAUUGAGUUUUUGGGAACUCUUCAAGUGACCACUACUAUCUAUGAAAAUGCCGUAAUCGAUAUAUAUCUUGGCCGUCAAGCUUUCGCCAUCACACUUUUCAGUACGGGUCUCAUUUUUGCGUUGUGCAACCGAACUGCAUUCUGCAGCCCGCUGGCACCAAUCGAACAAUAUCUCUUCGGAAAAUUGAGGCUCGGGGAGCUCCUCCAAACUCUUGCCGCUCAGUUCACCGCCGGGUACUUUGCGUUUAGCUUUGCCCGAACAAUUUGGCUUCGAGCAUACAGUACCACUGAUGCCCAUUCCUACGUCAUGGGACUUAUGGAGUCCUGUGGAUUCAAUCAUCCGUAUCCAAUUUACUAUCACUUGGCAAUUGAGCUCAUCGGAACUUUCAUCGUUCGUCACGUAUUGACACGCGCCACUUCGGAGGCUCGUGAUUCACGAGUCCGAUUUGUGUUCCCGGCACUUUUCAUGGCUGCUGUUUUUACUGGAACUGUAACAUUUGUUGGAGACCAGGCACUGGAUCCACUAGUGGCCUCAACUCUAUUCUUCGGAUGUCGUGGGCUCAAUUUUGAGAAUUAUAUGCUUGUUUAUUGGAUUGCUCCAACAAUUGGAUGGAUGGCUUCUGCCUAUUGGGACUCAACGGGCGAGGAAUCUUCAAAGAAAAAAGCGGCAAAAGAAAAGAAGGCCGAAAAAAAACGGGCAAAGAAAAAUGAAUAGUUAUUUUAUUUUUAAUUUUAUUUCCGAAAAUUUUUGAAAUGAAUUAGUUU